GAAUUCUCUCUUUUUUCUCUUACUCUCUAACUAUUCUAAUACCGAACCAACCAGAAUCGUCCUCUCAUCCUUAUAUAUAGGCUGUUUGUACCACCCCUUCAAUCAACAUUCAUAAAUUGAUCAGUUUUGUUCACUAGUUCUCCAACAAGAUCAUAUCCAUUUCCCAACACUUUUUAAGUUUUUGUUUUUAGAUUCUCUCAAACAUGUCUCUCAUCCCAAGCAUUUUUGGUGGCCGAAGAACCAAUGUGUUUGAUCCCGUCUCUCUAGACAUAUGGGAUCCCUUUGAUGGCUUCUUCAACUCUGCGUUGGCCACCGUGCCUCCCUCCGCAAGAGAAACAUCUGCAUUUGCCAACACAAGGAUUGACUGGAAGGAGACCCCGGAAGCCCAUGUUUUCAAAGCCGAUGUCCCGGGCCUGAAGAAAGAAGAGGUGAAAGUGGAGGUUGAGGAAGGCAGAAUCCUCCAGAUCAGUGGCGAGAGGAGCAAAGAGCAGGAGGAGAAGAACGACAAGUGGCACCGCGUCGAGCGGAGCAGCGGCAAGUUCCUCCGCAGAUUCAGGCUGCCGGAAAACGCGAAGACCGAUCAGGUGAAGGCUAGCCUGGAGAAUGGAGUGCUGACUGUUACCAUUCCUAAGGAGGAGGAGGAGGAGAAGAAGCCUGAAGUCAAGCCUGUUGAGAUCUCUGGCUAGAUAUAAUCAUAACUUUAUAAAAUUUGGUUCCCUGGCCUUCUGUUGAGUUUUCUGUUAUUCCGAAUAAAUACUGUCUAGCGCUUGUGUUUGU